GGAUGCCAGGCCCACGUGCGGGCAGCAGUGGGUUCCAGCCUCUGGGAGGGUCGAAAAGCAGCCGGACUGCCCCAGCACAGGCGCAGUGAAAUCAAACACGACGCUGUCGGAAACUGAUAAUCCAGCCGAGCUGCUCCGGAUUAUCGCGUCUCCUUCUUUUAAAAAAAAAAAUAAAAAAUCCGAAUCUCCACCUCGGUUCGUCCCAGUCCCCUCCUUUUUUUGUUUGAUGUCACCUCGCGUCUCCCCUCUCCUCUCCACCCCCUUGAUGAUGACGAUUUGCAAGGAAGAUGCGCCGGUGUGAGAUUUCCAUUGACCUUCGGAUCCUCUCAGCAGCACCACAACCUCGUGAAGCGCAGCCGCUACCGGAGCGCCCCGGCUCCUCCCGCCGCCGCUGCCCCACUUAACCCCCCCUCCGACGGCAGAAACACAGGUGCUCCGACUGCCUCUCCUCGCCGCUAAUCUUCUGCUUUUUCCUCCUCAUCAAUCAAGACCGAGGCAGAUGCCCCUCGCUCUGUCAUCCCGGCUUGUACUAUGGUGGAGUUUCCAUCUCUCAGCCCUUACUGGCCUCUCAUCCGCUUUUUGGUGCCUUUGGCUAUCACCAAUGUUGCCAUCGACCUCGGAGAACAGGCCCUCAACAGGGGCAUAGCCACAGUCAAAGAGGAUGCAGUGGAAAUGCUGGCCAGCUACGGUCUGGCCUACUCCCUGAUGAAGUUCUUCACCGGCCCAAUGAGCGACUUUAAGAAUGUGGGCUUGGUGUUUGUCAACAGCAAGCGGGACCGGAGGAAGGCUGUGUUCUGCAUGGUGGCGGCCGGGGCCAUCGCAUUCAUCCUGCAUAUCUUGAUAGCAUACACAGAUUUAGGAUACUACAUUAUUAAUAAGCUCCACCAUGUGGAUGAAUCUGUGGGGCACAAGACAAGGAAGGCCUUCUUGUACCUGGCUGCGUUCCCUUUGUUGGAUGCAAUGGCAUGGAUUCACGCAGGGAUCCUUCUGAAGCACAAGUACAGCGUUAUCGUCGGCUCUGCAUCCAUCUCUGACGUGGUGGCUCAGAUCGUCUUCGUGGCCAUUCUCCUGCACAGUAACCUGGAAUGUGUGGAGCCCUUACUCAUCCCGAUACUUUCGCUGUAUAUGGGUGCUUUGGUUCGUUUCAGCAUCGUCGGGCUGGGUUACUACUGCAACAUCCACGACAACAUCCCGGACUCCAGCGGGCUUGACGUGGGGGGCGACGCCACCAUCAAAAAGAUGCUGAGUUUCUGGUGGCCUCUCGCGCUCAUCUUGGCCACUCAGCGCAUCAGUCGACCCAUCGUCAACCUCUUUGUGUCUCGUGACCUCAAGGGCACCAGUGAUGCCACAGAGGCCGUUGCUGUGCUCACAGCCACAUACCCGGUAGGCCACAUGCCCUACGGUUGGCUGACUGAACUGAGAGCAGUAUACCCAGCCUUUGACAAGAAUAAUCCCAGCAACAAGCUGAACGCUGGCAGCCUUGUCACCAAGUCGCAUAUUAAGAAGUUUACAUUCUGCUGUCUGGCGCUGUCACUCACGCUUUGCUUUGUGGUGUUUUGGAGUCCUCAUGUGUCAGAGAAGAUCCUGGUUGAUGUAAUUGGAGUGGAGGAUAGUUUCGCUAAGCUGUGCGUGGUCCCACUCAGGAUUUUCUCCUUUUUUCCCCUGCCAGUGACUGUUCGGGCUCAUUUGACUGGAUGGCUCAUGACCCUGAAAAAGACCUUUGUGCUGGCCCCCAGCUCGGUUCUGCGCAUCAUUGUCCUCAUCACCAGUCUAGUUGUGCUGCCUUAUAUGGGGGUUCACGGGGCCACACUCGGGGUCGGAUCCCUCCUCGCUGGUUUCAUAGGGGAGUCCACAAUGGUUGCUAUAGCAGCCUGCUAUGUUUAUCGACAACAGAAAAACGAGAUGUCCAACGAGCUGGUGGUGGAGGGCGAGAACUCGGCCCCCAUGAGCGAGGUGUGCUCCAGGAAUCAGAUGGAUGCCAUCGAGGAGCUCCAGGAGGAGGACGAGGAGGAACAGGAGUGAGAUCCGAGGGAGCGGAGGAGGAGGAGGAGGAAGGUAAAGCCGAGCUCAAUGUGGGACAUACGGUGCUGGAGGAGAGGAGAGAGGGGACCCCCGAGUAUGGUUUUGGUUUCAGAGGUCCCCUCGACAGAACUGAGGUCUUCUUCUUCACGUCGACCACCUCACCAUUAAUGCGCACACUGUAAAGAAAGCCAUGCACCUCCACGUGUUCAUCCAUCAAUGUAAAUACCGUUAGCGUCUUCCGAUCUUCAGUGCUCAUAAUCUGCGGGGCGUAAUAAUCAUUUUCAUGUGUUGGUAAACAAGGGAAAUCGACACGGGAGAGCUCUUCCUCCUCAGCGGCGAGAAUGGAAGCGUCUGUCGAGUGGUGGUGGAGUUGCCAAAAGAGUUCUUUAUGUUCUUUAAUCGACGAUUAAGCAGCAAGGCCUUGCUUGGAUUCAGAUAUAGACAUACUGUGGGACUUGUUGGGUUGUGCAAUCGUAUUUUCCAUACAACGGUGUACAGAUUAUUGUUGUUUUAUAUAGGUAAUGCAUCGUGUAUAUUUAAUUGCCCAGGGGGGUCAGGAAUCCCUCGUUAUAUAUCACUGCGUGUUUCAAAACGAACCAAAACGCCAAAAAAAUAGUUAUGAUUGUUCUCUUUCCAUGCAGUCUGGGAGUCAACUUUUGUUUUGCCCAGCAUUUUCCUGGUGGUAUUCAGGCUGUCAUAUGUACUGUAUAUACUGUAAAGGCAUUCUUAUUUGGCAAAUAAAUUGCUUUAUUAAUAAUCUUCAUGCUUACCUGGAACUGGCUUUACCUUCUUGUUUCUUUGAGUCUAACAGAUACCACUGCAAAAUCAUGUUUUUCUCCCCCUGAAGUGGAUCUGUUAUACAUUUGUCAUGUACACAGCGGUGGGUGCUCACAGUAUCGAUACACUGUACUUAUUUGAAGCUUGGGCUAUGUACAAGUAAUCAAUGAGGGUUUAAUAACUUCAAAAAUUAUAUUUUUUUCCUUCUCUUGUGUGUUGCUAAAGUUUAAUAAAGGGGGUUUUCAUAUAAAAGCAACCUUUUUGCUGCUUCCUCGGGAGCAGGGUCGCUCCACAAGUUUAAAUUGACUGUUUUGCACCAGAUGCCCCUCCUGAUACAAAUCCCCUUGGGGUUGUCUUCAGCUGGAAUCAAACCAGCAGCCUUUCACUUGUUAAAUGUGUAAACAAGUCCAUGUUAUGUAGUCAGAAAAUUUGGUUUUGUAAAAUAUUCCCACUACUCUGCAAGUUUGGAGGGUUUUAAUUAAAAAUGCCAUUUUGGUUGUGAAAUAAA